AUGGAGCAUCCACCGGGUUUUGUCGACAGAGAUAAAACUGAUCACGUCUGUUGCUUACAAAAGGCAGCCUACGGGCUCAAGCAGGCUCCCAGAGCCUGGUACACAGAACUCAAGGCGUAUCUUCUGUCACUAGGCUUUCACAACUCUUUAGCCGACACCUCGCUUUUCACACUAUGUUGUGGCUCUGACUUUGUUUACCUCCUCAUCUACGUUGAUGAUAUCCUCAUAAUCGGUAGUAACAAUGGCCUCAUUACUCACAUCCUUGCUCUACUUGCCGAGAGGUUCUCAGUUAAAGAUGCCGAGGCUUUAAACUAUUUUCUAGGAAUCAAGGCACAUCGCACAUCGAGAGGGUUACACUUAUCUCCGAAAAAAUAUAUUCUUGAUCUUCUUCACAGCCACAACAUGCUUGCUUGCAAACCGGUCUGCUCAUCAAUGGCAUCUUCUCCCAAGCUCACCCUUCACUCUGGUAUCCCUCUCUCUGAUCCUCGUGAAUUUAGGAAACUCGUUGGCAGUCUACAAUACCUUGCUUUCACAAGACAAGAUAUUGUGUAUGCGGUGAACCAUUUGUCGCAAUUUAUUCACCGCCCGACCAACGAUCACUUGCAAGCAGCCAAACGCGUCCUCCAUUAUCUCGCCGGCACAACCACACAUAGAAUCUUCUUCUCUGCCUCCAACUGCCUAUCACCUUCAUGCAUACUCGGAUGCAGACUGGACUGGGGACAUGGAUGA